UUGAACGAAGCCGAAAGUCGAGGGCAGCUGUUUAUUUUGAAAAAUAAAAAAUAUCUUAUAGAUUAGCACUGUAUGUAACAUUUAACACUUAAAAUAAUUGGAUACCGAACUGUUAACUAGCGCGAAAUGAUUCACGAUGCGUUAUUAAUACUUUGGGAUUGUUCACAAGUAUCAGAAGGGCUACAGCAAGAGCCAGUAGCUUACGGUCAUGAGGGUGAUGCAGCUAUUUUUAAAAGAAUUUGCGGAAUCGCAAAGAGUCACCACAAGAUUCAAAACUUUAUGUUUGCAACUAGUUUCCAAUCGAGGAGGGAACAUUCAGCAUCAGGACACAGGAUUUUUGGCUUAUACGGCCAAGCUCUUAGUGAAGGAAUUACAGAAGUGUUACAAACUUAUAAGAAAACCCUUAAAGAUGUUGAAGAAUUAGUCAUAGCCAACAAAAACUAUACACUUUCAUUUGUAUAUAGCUAUGUUGAGAAGUUUCAGGGCUUAUUUAACACAUUGAAUAGAAUUAUAACAACUAUCAAAGAACGAAGAUUGGUUGGUUGUCAAAUAUUAAGCCUCCUGCAUCAAUAUAUUUUGAGCGGUAAUGAAAUGGUGCAUGAGGCAAUUGUCAACAUUUUUUCUUGUAUAAAUGCAGUAUUUAUAAACCAACUGUGCACUUGGCUGCUGUACGGAGAACUGAAGGAUCCCUAUGAAGAAUUCUUUGUGUAUGGUGUAAAGAAACAUGAUUCAAAUGACACAUUUUUGUCUUGUCCGUCUACAACUAACACUGGAGACAAGUCUCUGGUUUCCACUUUGCAACAAACUCCCCUGGAUUGUGGCUAUAAUUUGAAUCCCACUAUGAUACCAUACUUUAUACCAUUGUCUUUGGCACAAGAAAUACUAUUUGUUGGAAAAACUGUUAUAUUGUUUGGAUUUGAUCCUAAGAAAGUGAAGAAAAAUAAUAAUUUCAGUAUGAAUAGAGCUGUUAUGCCUUUGCAGAAAAUAAAUAUUGAAUCUAGGAGGUUUACAAUUUGGGAAGAAAAAGAAGCUGAGUUUCAUGAAAAGUUGCAAAAACUGAAAAAUCCUGACGAGUUUGAAGUUUGUAACUUGAAAAAUGUGGUUAGAGAUAUCAAGGAGUGUGUUACAAAGCAUCUCUGGACUGUAGCAGUAGAAGAAGCUCAACUCUUACAUGAGCUGCGUUUAAUGAAGGACUUUUAUCUCUUGGGCAGAGGAGAGCUAUUCCUCGAACUAUUAAGACUCACUUCUCAUAUUCUGGACAAACCCACUACACGCACUUCUACUAGAGAUAUGAAUCAAGCAUUUCAACUAGCGGCUCGAGCUGUGUUGUUGGGUAACAGUGCUGAUAUCGAGAAAUUCAGUUUUGAAUUGCCAUAUGUUAAGCCGAAUAUAUCUGCUAAUUCUUCUCUUGAUGACAGCAGUAGUACAGUGGCAGAUGGUUGGUCAACAAUUAUUCUCAAAUACGACUUCAAAUGGCCGCUACACUUGCUUUUCGCGCCAGAAGUGUUGGCCAGAUACAACGAUAUGUUCCGACUUCUCUUGCGCAUUAAGAAGACGCAACAUGACUUGCAUAAGCUAUGGAAGACGUAUAAACAUUCUACACGUUUCAGUACAUGCCAACUGCACAACAAGCUAAUGUUCUUAAUGGACAAUCUGCAACAUUAUUUACAAGCGGAUGUGCUAGAGACCAACUUCUCUCGUCUCAUGGCUGAGGUGGAAAGCACUAAUGACUUUGAAAAAUUGAAGAGGGCCCAUGCUAACUUUCUGGCUGAUGUACUGAGCCAGUCGUUUUUGACUGUAACGUCGGAAGAUGGUGACGCAUCCAGCGACACAUUGGAUUGCCUCAACAACCCGGUACUAAGUAAUAUAGUGGAGCUAUUGCGUUUGUGCCACUCGUUCUGCAGUCUCAGUGAGUUCGCAACCGACCCUACUAAAGAAGAUUAUUACAUACGGGGAUAUUCUGAAAGGUUCAACAAGCUAGUAACGCAGCUAAUGCAGUUACUGGCGUCAGUGCGCGAGCGGCCAAGUGGAGUGCACCUCGCGCGGCUGCUCAUGCGCCUGGACUACAACCGCUGGCUCAGCGCACACGCGCACCUGUCGCGCUCCGUCACCGACAUGCUGCGCUACUGACGUCACGUCACACGUGUACAUGCUGCGCUACUGACGUGACGUCACACGGGUACAUGCUGCGCUACUGACGUGACGUCACACGGGUACAUGCUGCGCUACUGACGUGACGUCACACGGGUACAUGCUGCGCUACUGACGUGACGUCACACGGGUACAUGCUGCGCUACUGACGUGACGUCACACGGGUACAUGCUGCGCUACUGACGUGACGUCACACGGGUACAUGCUGCGCUACUGACGUGACGUCACACGGGUACAUGCUGCGCUACUGACGUGACGUCACACGUGUACAUGCUGCGCUACUGACGUGACGUCACACGUGUACAUGCUGCGCUACUGACGUGACGUCACAAUGUACAUA